UCUGCAUUCUUAUAUAACACAGCGAAGGAAAACUAUCGACGCACUGAAGACAGACUAUAUGGAAAAGGCAGUAGAAUAUAUCAAGAGGAAAAUACAGAAUUUUUAUAGCUAUAGCACUACAUUUGAAUGACUUCGACAUAUUGCUGCUAGAACAUAUGAGAAGAAGGAACAAAGAAGAUAAUUAAAGAAGUAAACUAUCCUUUUUAUGGAAUUUUCUACCUUAGCGUCGCUUUAACAAUGAAUCAAAGAAGACGCCGUCCACCCUUUGAGAAAGUUGAUUGUCAAAGCCUUAUUGCUUUAGGUGUGAAUUUCUUUGGAUGGCUAAGAAGUCGGAACAUUAUGAAUAAAUGGUCAAAGAAAUUUGCAGUGUUAUACAAAGGUCAUGUCUAUAUUUUCAAGAAUGAGAACAGUACAAAUCACUUUAAAGAAACUUCUUUCUCAUUGUAUGGAUAUAAAAGUGUUCAGCUACCAAUACUUGAAGAAAAUGAAGUUUUAUGGGUUUUCAAACUAGUCCAUUCGGAUGCUGCUAAGUCGAAAUGUUUUGCAACGUCUUCGGAGAUAGAGUUACAAGAAUGGACAGACAGGCUUCAAGAAGGAAUCAAUUUUGCUAACGACAUGCUAAGCAGACAAUCCUACGCAAACUGGCCAGACAGAACAACUAGUCAACUUGAUAUUUACGAUGGUGUAAGACGUUCUCAAGAAGGAGGUCGUUAUAUGUAUGAAGGACUAUCAGUACAUAACGGGCAAUCAAUAACACCGUCUUAUUCCCAGAUGAACAUUGAUUCUAACAAUGUGGGUUCAGAUGUUUAUGAAGAAGUAAAUAGGCAAAGUACUGCUCCUAUUGAACGUCCACCUAUGUUACCUCCGCGACCAAAGAAGGAAAACAGGACGCCGAAUAAUUACAUAGAGUUAGAAAAUCAACCGAUUGAAUCUGAAUCAUGCAGUGAUUUUGAAGAUGAUGACGAUGAUUCGUCUGAAGGAUAUUGUAUCUAUGAAAACACGAAUGAUGUACACUACUACAAUGUGUCCGCUGACACAAGUGACGUCUGUAAAGGAGGGAGCUCGGAAGAUGAGGAACCGGUAACUAAAAGAAAUGUGCGAAGGAAAACACAACGAAGGACCCUAGCAAAGAUAGAGAUGUCUGAAGAAUCACGUUACAGUGUCAUCUCCAUUAAGUCGUACAAAGCCAAGACGAGCGACGAAUUGGAUUUCCCGAAAGAAGUAAAAUUUGAUGUUAUUGGCCAAGAAACUAAGCGGUGGCUUAUUGGGGAAAUAGGUAGAAGGAAAGGAUUUUUUCCUGCAGAGUAUGUUAAGAGAAUUCAGUUGCCUGAUAAUGAAACUGUUACACAGAAUUUAACAUUCAGUGUUAUCGCUUUGCGAUCAUACAAAGGGCAAUCGUACGACGAAAUAAGUUUCCGGAAAGAAGAUAAAUUCAACGUCGUUGGUCAGGAAUCUGAACGCUGGCUUGUUGGAGAAGUAAAUGGCAAUAAAGGACUUUUCCCAGCUGAAUUUGUCAAGAAAUGCCAGAUAGUUUCAUCCAAAACAUUAAGCAAGACCAAAAGACGGGAGAGCAAGGACAGUACAAGGCAGUCAAAAUAUUGUGUCAUAGCAACAAAAUCAUAUAAAGCAAAAAACUUCUCACAGAUAAGUUUCCAAAAGGAAGACAAGUUUAUCGUGGUUGGAGAAAAGUCAAGUGGAUGGCUCAUUGGAGAGAUAAAUGGAGAGAAAGGAUUAUUCCCAUCGGAAUAUGUCAAGGCUGUAAAACAUUUAGGUGUGCACACCUCUGUCUAAACAAAAGCCUAUGCGAAAAGUGGAUGUUAUCAGCAUGAUGGUACACAGAGAAUGUUAUAUACUGUUAUAUAUAUAUUUAUAUAUGACAUGUGCUCAUGUGUUUUAUUGUUAUUGGACAUGUGAUACUGUAUUCUGUUUAUUUGAUCUAUGAUCACGUAUGCAUGUUCAAAGAUUAUGUUACAUGUUAACUUGUGUUUUAAGUUUAUGUUAAACAUAACCAAUUGCUCUUUAUGCAUAUGACAUGUUGCCUUGUGUUUUAGGGUAAUAUCACAUGCUACUCUGUGUUGUUGAUUAAUACUAGUUUGGAAUAGACCCAUCUGUAUUUUGCCUUUUUAAUUUACUGAGAAAUGAAAAAAAGACGGAAACCAAUGUUUUUUUUUAAACAAGGAAUUUAUGAAGAUACUAGUAACAGAUUAGCCUAGACGAAACAGUUAGACAGUGUCUCUAUUAAACAUGUUAAAGUGAAGUCACAAUUAAGAUCUUUCAUAUUUUCAUCAAAAAUAGGCUUUUGCAUGGGUUAAUUUGUUAUUCACACUGCACACAGAGUUGACAAACAAGAUGCUUUCCUCAGUGAUCAGAAAACACAAACAACACAAAAUACACUCACUGUGUUAUUGUCUGAAAGGUAGUAAUCAAUAUGCAUAGUUUCUUUCUACAUAACUCAUUUAACUGUCACUUUAUGGAACUAAAACUCUAGACAAAUUAUACAUUUUACGUAUAAUUUGAAUAAGCUUUUUUUAAUUGAAGUAUGUGUUAUCGUUUUUAGGUCUCUUGUAUUUAUACUAUCUUUUCUGAAUCUUGUUUUUUACUCAGCCUGAUAUUUGUUGUAAAAUAAAAUAGGUUUACAAUGUAGAUUUCAGCCAGUUGCAAUCUAUUUAGUAACUUUAAAAACUCCUCGAACUUUUCUUCUUUUUUUUUCUUUUAAUCGUUGAAUGCAUGCUAUGAUAAUAACAAACACUCUUUAUGUAGAUGCUCAUUCUGAAAAUAAACUUAACGGAUAUUGA